AUGAGUGGAACUCUGGAACUCUUGCUCAAAGAUAUUGGAAGAUGGAAGUCCUGGUUUCUCUUGGUUUCGCUCCGUAGCAAGGCUCGACGUUUGCUUGAAGACGCCUUGAUGGCUGAGCGGCGGCGUGCCGAAGUAGAAGCCCAGGGACGUCGAAAAUUGGAGCAAGAGAUCGAAGCUGAAAAGCAACGUGUUGAAGAUGAGCGUCGACGGAAGAUCGAGGAAGCUGAGAUGGCAGCUCGCCUUGAUGAAGAGAAGCGGCUAGAGGAAGAGCUUGAAGCUGCGAGAAGGCGUGCUGAAGAGGAGGCAAGGCUAGCAGCUCAAAGAACUGAGGACUUGGCAGCAGUGCAUUGCGUGAUUCCCACGCAGAGGCGAGCUGCGCUGCCCACUCUUUUGCGGCUCUUGCAAGGUGAUCAGGCUUCAACAUUGAUGAUCCCAUGUGCCAAUGACCUGCGGAAUGCUGACGUUCAACUUUUCCAUACACUGAGGUUUCAGAGCCACCUGGAGUACCCAGUCCUGAUGGCCCUGGGCAGCUUGGUGCUGUUGACGUUGCUCUUAGGAUGCUUGGCUGUGGAGGGUGCAGAGCUCUAUUUCUCCGGAAUUGUCUGA